AUGGCGCGUUUCAUGGAAGAGCAAGGAAUACCCUUCUCACGGAAGCUUCCACUCGGUUUCACAUUCUCCUUCCCUUGUAAACAAGAAGGGCUUACAAGUGCGAAACUUAUCCGUUGGACCAAAGGUUUCAAGGUGAGCGGAUGCGAGGGUAUGGAUGUAUGCAAAAUGCUGAAAGAAGCUUGCGGUAGACGCUCUGAUAUCGACAUAGAUGUUGUGGCUUUGCUCAACGAUACCGUUGGAACACUGAUGGCUUGCGCUUUCAAGGAGAACACAUGCCAGGUAAAUUCCGCCAAAUGUCAUGCACAGCAGAGGUAA